AGAGAGAGAGAGAGAGAGAGAGAGAGAGAGAGAGAGAGAGAGAGAUUGCAAAAUACGUACCUUAAUUAAAUCCAGACCUCCAAGGAAGAGGGAGAAAAACAUUUAAAAAAUAAGAGAUAGAGGAGAUAAAUACUCCAGUGGGGAGGAGGGACGUACAUACAAUGGAACAGGGGAGAGAGAGAGAUUUCAGAGUCCCCAUCAUCUCUUGUUCUUUCUUCCUCUCUUCCCUAACCGGUGGAAUUCUCCUCACCUGUUGGCUUCUUGACGUAAAGGGUUCCCAGCCCUGGUUUCCCAUUUUUUCCUUUGCUUUGAUAGGCCUCCCGUGGAUUUUCUGGUUCCUGACAUACAUCUACGCCUUCAUCAAACCUUGCGUCCGACAAGACUAUGCCGGCGGUGGCAUCGGCAAUCGUGGGAAGCCGGCUGCCAAUUCCGCCAGGAACGUUAGUUUUACAUUCCCAAGUGACCAAACUGUGAAUUCUCCCACCGGAAAAAGGCAAGUGAAGUUUGGGGCGGUGGUUGUGAUGGGUGGCGAUAGGGGUAGCGGAGAGCAGAGUGGAAACUCUGCCGGCGGUGGUGCUAGCAAUUUUUCGGGUGCUUCGUCGAGCGAAAAUGAAAGGCCAUUAAAUUUAAAUGUAUCCUUCUCUUCUUGACAUUACAUGCUAAGUGCUUAAUUUAUAUAUUUUGCAUCUUUAUUUUUUUUUCUUUUCAUGUUCUUGAGGCCUCUUGGGUUAAUAUCCAUCCAUGUUGAAUAUAUAGUAGCAUCAUAUAAUAUAAGACCAUGAAAAACAAUUGG